AUAACUAAACAACGCUAAUGUCAUAUCACAAUUCAUCAGGUGAAAUCACACAUUUAAUUCUGAUUAAUGGUUAUGUGGAUCAAUACUUGCUAAUCCUGUAAUUUACAGACUCGCACCUAGACCUUUUCGGCUUGAAAUCAGGCAAUGACCAUAUAUAGAACACCUGUUCCAAAUUAGGUCAUCAUUAUCAGUCUCUCGCAUUUUGAUCACGUUUUCAAAAUGACGGAAAUUGCUGAUGAUGCUCUCCACACAUGUUUUAAGUGUUUUAAGCAGAAAAAAAAAAAACGCUUUCUCUUAAUUAGAACCUGUGUUUACUUGGUUUUGUCUGCCGGUCGAUCAAUCUCCAGAUUUUUACUGAAAUCUCCAGAUUUUGUUUACAUCAGACUCUAGAUUUUCGGUGUUUUGAGGUUGAGAGGUCUGCUGAAUUUCAUUUCAGGUUUUAUUUUCACUACUGUUUUAGUAUUGUUCAUAACUGCGAUGAUCUCUCGCCUAUUCAUGAGAUAAACAUUGAAGCUAGGAUUGUAUAAACCAGGGCCUACAAUACGUAAUCAAAAGAUAUAAAGGCAAUGUUCAAUCUCCGUGACGGAAAUGAAGCACUUGACCGAUUGUAAUUCAACUGUGACUGUACUGUCCUUGCUCGGAGCACGAAAACACAAACAAGUGUACAAGUAGCUUCUGUCUUAAAUCCGAUUUCUUGUCCCAGUUGCUGAACACUUUGCAGUUAUUGUAGUCAUGGAUUGUUGCAGCAAACGUAAAGGUGGAAAGUCGCUGGCGAAGCGUUUGGACAAGGGGAAGUCUAGUAGAAUUUCGUUUAAAGGCUGGUUUUCAUUAACGACGGAGUCGGAGUCGGAGUCGGAGUCGUGACCAUAAGCGCAGAGCGAUACAAUUUAGCGAAAAUCAAACCGACGGAGUCGGAAGCGAAAUACCGAUUCUGCUCAUGACUCCGUCGCUUAUGAUCUGGUGAAAACUAAAUUGUGGGAGUCGGAAGCAGAAGCCGAAGAAUAAACCAAUCACAAUGCUCGAUUCCAGAGAAUGUGAUUGGUUGGUUCUUCCGCUUCUUCUUCUGACUCCGACAGUGUAGCUUAGCGACACAAGUACAAGCACAAACAUAAGCGCAAGGAUGCGACAAAACGGCCUCGAUACUAGCAAACACUGAUCUAUAAUACACGUGCGGUCCUUUUCUUCGUAGCUUAUGUUGGAUAAUAUAUAUGUUCAUGACAGCACCUUGAAAAUACGAUUUUCAACGUGGUUUUGAAACAAAUUUUAUUGUUUCGCUAACGGUUCACAGAUAUUUCAGCUGUCAUUUCGGUAGUGUCUCUUAUUUUAGUGCUGGUCGUGGAUACUCAAAACCGGUUCCGUUUAAACAAAUACAAUUUGCACCGUCUUGGUUAUUCAGGGUUAUCAAGUUGCCUCAAGUUGGCUUCACUUGAUGUGCUUUUUUUUUUGUCUUUUCUGAUUUCUUUGUUCUUGGUAAUAAAGGCGAAUGCGAGGAACAAGAAAGUAUGGAGUCAGGUGAUCCAGAUAUAGGCAACGACGAUCCACGAAGCAAGGAAAGGAGUUUGAUGCAGGCGAUAAAGGAUGGCAAUUAUGACGACAUUGAGAGCAGAAUCACACCGAGGGCAUUCAAGUACUGCGAAUCUAAUGCCUUGUUGAUGGGUAUGAAGGUAAGCUUCGAGCUGCGCAAAUUGGCGGACGAAAAAGGACCGGAAGAGGAGAGAUUUAAUCAGUUGGCGAACGCCGUUGAGGAGUUUACCUCAUGCUUACUUGAUCCACUGAAAGCUGAUCAACAAAGACGAGAAGAAUUCGGGGAUGCAUUAGAUGAUAUUUUAGAUGAUGCCAUUCGCUUAAAACAGAAAAAGUUUUUUACGCAUCCGGUCGUGGAUAUUGAGAUGAGACGCAAAUGGUAUGGUCGUGACUUUAUGAAGAGUGGAUGGAAAAGGUGGAGACCUAUCUUCAGUGUUUGGUGUCUUCUGGACUUGGUGAUUUCUCCAAUCUUGUUUGUUUUGUGUUGGUUGAUUUGUUAUCACCGUGAAAGGAAAAGAGAAGAAGAAAAAAGGAGUGGAAAGAAAGAGAAAGAUAUGCCACUCGAAGAAGUGACUACUGGUGAGGAAGAAACGCUAAGGCCGCAGAAAAAGAAAACCAAGAAUCGGUUGCCAGUGACACAGAUUUAUCAAAUAUCCUUGGACACGCCUUACUUCAAGUUUGUACGUGAUAGUCUAAGCUUCGUAGUCCUGCUUGGCCUCCAUUUUGCCCUGUGCUUAGCGCCAUCAAGCAUACCGUUCAGUGGAUUAGAGUGGGCCAUACUUGUAUUCUUUAUUGGCCGCUAUCUGGUAGAACGCGAACAGAUCUUUGCGGUAAUUCACAGUAUGAAGAGGCAGAGAAACAGCGGAGAUGAUGGAAAUCAGUCGAACAUCUUGUUAAAAGCGUUUUUGUUGUAUCAAAGGGACUUGUGGAACAAACUGGACUUCGUCACUCUGUUAGUUUACUUGGCGAUAAUUUCAUUAAGAAUAGCUACUUUUAUCAUGUCUGGUUCAGUGGCAAACAACCGAGUCUUAGUGAUUGCUGGCUACCUCUACAGCUUUAACACUUUGUGCCUCACGUUCAGAGUUUUUGGUCACGUGAUGGAGCAGUCGAAAGACGUUGGAACCAUCCAGAUUGCCUUGUUCAGCAUUCUCAAGGACAUUCGCACAAUAAUUUGGCAGUUCACAGCAGCUAUCUUUGCUUUUUCUAUCGCUAUAACAAAAGUGUACAUGGCAGAGAACUCUUUUGUUGCAAAUGCAAGGGACAGAAAUGAGCUCGCUUGCAAAGAGUCCGGUAUUUCAUGUUGGUGGAAGAUGAUUAUCUACAUGGGCUGGACUCUGUUAGGAGUCUCAGAUGAUUUUGAUCCAAUGAAGUCCGUCGAUCUCCCUUCGAUGAUUCUAGCUCAAGUUCUCCUCGCUUUUUUUCUUAUCAUGGGAGUUAUCCUUCUGAUCAAUAUGUUGAUAGCCUUGUUAUCCAACACGUAUCAGCGAAUUGAGGACAACUCGUUAAAGGAGUGGUCAUUCAAGAGAGCAGCGGCAAUUCAAACGUACGAUGAAUAUGAUCCAAUACCAGUGCCUCUUAAUAUCGUUUACAGCAUCUUCAAGCUCUGCAAACUGGUUGGCAAGAAGGACAGAGGAAAGGGAAUAAUGCUGGAAUUUAUUGCCAUCGACCUCGACAGGGAAUACUUUAAGAAGUAUGGGAACUUUCUCCCUUCAACAGCUGAGGAAAGAAACAACAUUGUGUUUCGUGAAACAGUUGGAAACCGACAAAUGGUCGGACAAAUCCUGCGCUCGGCCUACAUGCCCCAAGGAGUUGAUAAAGGGAUUCUGUUUUUUGGUCCUGAGGCAUGGGAAUCCCACAUCGGCAUACAAAUAGAAGGCUCUCUCCUGACUUGUACUUCUACCGAGCAAUGUACCAAAUGCAGUCUUCGGCAACGUAGCCAGCGUUGGCCGAGCGCUAGAUAUUGUAAGCCCUUUUCUGUCGAGUUUCCUCAUUUUGAGGUUGUCAUUUUAGAAAAUGGACAACUCAUAACGCUGGGAAUAGGAGUGGUGAAUGCAGGUUACGAUACUUGCAGAAUGCCAGGGUGGUUGGAUGGAUCCGUGGCAUAUCAUACCGAUGGAAACCUCUACGAUGCUGAUACCUGUGACAAUGGUACAGAAACCAAAGGUCCCGCUGUUGCCUUUCGAGGGGAUCGUGUUCUCUGCACAGUUAUGUUUGAGAAGAAGCGUGAGAGAAAGGGAAAACGUCAAGUUGCAGUUUUGUUUACGCUGAACGGCAGGAAGAUAAUUAUCAGUGAUGAAGAGGAACCGGAGAUUUACAUUGACUGGGACAUCGAUAAACCGCUGUACCCUUACGUCAGCAUGAAUUACGGAAGUAGCGUGGUGGCGAAGAUGUGCCCUAGGGAAAGUGAGGAGUUUAAAGUAUCCAAGAUGGCGGAACUGGACCGAAAAGUGACAAAGAUAAAGGCAAGCUUGGAGGAGAACAAUCGGAAACUUGACACCUUGUUAGCGAGAUUUGCAAACCGAGAAACCACCAAGACUAGGCGUGAAACUCCGGACGAAAACGAAGGGAAAAUCAAGGGAGAUCUCUAAUCUGUAAACACCAAACCUUUUUCGUUUAGAGUUUAUUCGCCUGUCAUGCUUGUAACGUACGUAUGAGUCUUUCGAUAAAACACAAAGCGCAACCCAUCAAAUGAAGGCUAUUUCAAGCCGUAACGUUUUCCUAGUAUGGCGACGCGGUGCUUUUGGUAAUAAUUUUAAUCACUACUUUUGUAAGUAUGGAGUUAAUGUAAUAAAUCCAAAUAUCUAAAUCUAACCCUGGUCUGCAGCCUGGAUUUUUCCGCAUUUUAUCUUCCGGACCGCAGUCUGUCGGGAGUCUGUAGUCUGUGGUCCGCAGUUUCCGUUUUAAACUGACCGAAUCAAAAACCCAGUGUAAAAUAAGCUUACUUACACUGUAAACCUUUAGUCAACCCCGGAAGAUAGAAGCCUACCACUAUCAACAAUGAAAACUGAGAAACAAGAGAUAUCAGAUGGCUCACCUCUUAAAUCUUUUCAAGCUGCCUUCUUGUGUCAAAAUUCCAUUCAAAUUCGAAUUCUUCAGCUGCAGGUUCGUGAACAAGUUGCUUGUGUACAAAAAGAUCUGACAUGUUUCUAACUGAGCACGAAUUGUUCCGAUACCUAAUAAAG